AUGGAAACCGAAAUUAGAGCUCAGAUCCCCAACAUCGAUCCCGUUCUUUCGGAGUACUCCGUGGGGUAUCUGACCCAUGCUGCAAGCUCCUUCUCGUCAGACUCUGACCCCAAUGCCCCCUCGCCACUCGAGGAAGCUGCGGCGGCUGUGAGCGCACUGCUCCUGUCCGCCUCUGGAGACCUUUCGAGCAAGAAUGAGACCACCAUUCAGAACCUCGUUGACAAAUUCGUCUCCCGUCUCAAUGUUGCAAAUGGCACCGAUAGUGAGCGGCGUCAGAUGGCACCAUCUGCCAGAAAGCUUGAUCAAGCUAUCCACGUGGGUUCCUCGAGGAACAUCUCCACCACACUUGGUCUUGCGGGCGCUGCCGUUGACCUUGAAUCUGCAAACACGCGUAAGGUGGAAUCCAGAGUCGACAAGAAGAAGCUAGAAAAGGCUGAGCGCAAACUUCGUGCCAAGCAAGAUCGUAAAGAGUUCAAGAACGUUGAAUACGAGGCAUCACGAUUACUCGACACAACGGACGAGGCUCAAAGCUAUGAGGAGUUCUACAUGUCUGUCAAUCCCUUGCAGCUGGGCUCGGAUGCGCAGUCGAAGAGCAAAGAUAUCAAGAUCGACAGCUUCGACGUUUCCAUGCCUGGUCUGCGUAUCCUUACUGACAGCUCCUUGACACUGGCAUAUGGUAGGAGAUAUGGUCUUGUUGGCCAAAAUGGUAUUGGAAAGUCCACGCUGCUUCGAGCUCUCGCCCGUCGCGAGGUCAAUAUUCCCACUCACAUUUCCAUUCUGCACGUGGAACAAGAAAAAAUCACCAAGGAACUGGCCGAGAUUGAAGCGGAACGUGCUACAAUGGCAGAUACAUCUGCUGAUGCUGCUCGACUAGACACCCAGCGUGAGGGUCUCGACACGACUCUGAGUGAUGUACACUCCAAACUUGCCGAGAUGGAGUCCGACAAGGCUGAGUCCCGAGCCGCCAGUAUUUUGGCAGGUCUUGGGUUCUCCACCGAGCGACAACAAUUCGCAACCAGGACUUUCUCUGGAGGAUGGAGAAUGAGGCUGGCUCUUGCUCGAGCACUGUUUUGUGAACCCGAUCUCCUCCUUCUUGACGAGCCUUCCAACAUGUUGGAUGUCCCAUCUAUCACCUUCUUGGCCAACUACCUCCAGGGCUACCCCAGCACCGUGCUCGUUGUAUCUCACGACAGAGCCUUCUUGAACGAAGUUGCCACAGACAUUAUUCACCAGCACUCAGAGCGACUCGACUACUACAAGGGCGGCAACUUUGACUCGUUCUAUGCAACCAAAGAGGAGCGCCGAAAGACAGCAGCGCGCGAGUACGAGAAGCAGAUGGGAGAGCGUGCGCAUUUGCAGGCUUUUAUCGACAAGUUCCGUUACAACGCCGCGAAGUCUUCUGAGGCUCAGUCGAGGAUCAAGAAGCUCGAGCGUAUGCCAGUGCUCACACCGCCGGAAGCCGAGUACACUGUUCACUUCAAGUUCCCAGAAGUGGAGAAGAUGUCGCCGCCUAUUAUUCAGAUGACUGAUGUUACGUUUGGGUACACGAAGGACAACAUACUGCUCAAGAACGUUGAUCUGGACGUACAGCUCGACUCCCGCAUCGGCAUCGUCGGUCCAAACGGUGCUGGUAAGACGACGGCUUUGAAGUUGCUGAUCGGUGCUCUCCAACCCACAUCUGGACUGAUUUCACAGAACCCGCGUCUGCGAGUUGGGUUCUUCGCACAACAUCACGUCGAUGCGCUCGACCUCAAUGAUAGCGCUGUUGGCUUCAUGUCGAAACAAUACCACGGCCGAGCAGACGAGGAGUACCGUCGGCACCUGGGUGCGUUCGGCAUUACGGGUAUGACAGGUCUGCAGAAGAUGGAACUGCUUUCCGGAGGUCAGAAGUCACGUGUUGCUUUUGCCUGUCUAGCACUUCAGAACCCCCACAUCCUUGUUCUCGACGAGCCUUCCAACCACUUGGACAUUGAAGCGAUGGACGCACUGUCAGAUGCGCUCAACAAAUUCCAGGGAGGUGUUUUGAUGGUCAGUCACGACGUCACCAUGUUGCAGAACGUGUGCAAGAGUCUGUGGGUGUGUGAUAACGGAACAAUUGAGCACUUCGACGGAAACGUGGCGCAGUACAAGGCUCGAAUCACUGCGCAGGCCAACGCAGCUGGAGUGGUCGCGAAACAUUAG